AUGACAGGUGUGGCGUGGUCAUCAGACAACAUGUACCAUCGCACUGAGCAACUUACUUUAGAAACCACGGCUAAAGUGCCAUGGAUAUUUUCGUCGACGGAGAAGGCACGAAGUACAAAGCGGCCUUAUUCUGAGACUGUGAGUGAAACCCUGCAGAGACUUUGGACAUCAGAAAAAACGAAACUUAGCACUGAGAAACCUUCUACUGAAGUCAUGUCAAAAUUUUCCUGGUUUGUUUGGUCAACGGAUGAAGCGGUACAACGCACUACGCAUUCCUAUCUGGAGACCACGGCAGUAUCAGCACCGGGCAUUUGGUCUACAGAGGCUAAUAUCAAUGAAGGUGCAGCUUUACGCGCACGAAAAAUGGACCCCAAAGCUUCUGAACAAAGGCUCACCGAAAUUCUUCCCCCAGUCGCUGGUGUCAUCUUGCUGUGCGGAGCUGUCGUAGCAACGAGCUGGUGGCUUCAGAAACGGAUGAAAAGGAAAAUUCGAACUUCCCCAGCAGGCGAAGCAAAAGAAGGCCCAUCUUCAACGCAAAAAGAUAAAAACGACAGCAGAGAAGAACCACAAGAAGAUGGCUCCAGCGAGAUCCCAUACGUCCCUCCCGCAACUGGUGCCAUACCAAACCCUCCAACAACGACGCAGUUUCCAGAAGCGCCUUCUCGUUUGGGCUCCGACGGGCUACUUUCCAAAGACACUGACAGUACACGUGUUGACGAAUUCAGGAAAACUGUUGAACCACCUGACUCUGUCACUAGGCUUCACGUCAUGGAUAUUGGUGGUACUGUGUCACAUGAUUUACCACCAGUGAGUGCACCUUUCAAUCAAUAUCAACCACAGCGACUCCCGCCACCUCGCUUUCCUCCUUUGAGGAUAGAAUGAUCGAGUUUUCUGUGCUUAAUGUACAGUUUGC